AUGGGGCUGCAAACAUUCUCAGAUGUUUUCGAGCACUUACAACAGAAAACCAGCAGCUCAAUCGGUGUGAAAGCGAAGGGAGAUAGUAUACAAAGCGGUAUUACGCACGCAAGCCCUUAUCUGGAGAUCCAACACUCCGAGGGGGUUUCAAGCGAGAUAUUGUCGACGCUAUGGUGUUAUUCGUACCAGGUCGAUACUGGUGUUGGUAUUGAUUUAGAAUUGAUUCCAUUCUCAAGAGGAGACAUGACAGGAUCACAAAAGUUGGCACAAACAACACCGGAACCGGUCAGGAAUUGGAUACCUAAGACCAUAUGGCCAGAACUCAACAGCGGGAUCUUUGAUGCUGCAUCUACGGAGCAGACCCUUCAACGACUACAGCAAUACGGAUACGUUCAAGAUUUCAGCUACUCACUUCGCAUGCUUCGUCAGGAAGAGAGAGAAGAAUUGAUCUCUUACAAGGUGUUGCCUCCUCUCGACUCACUGCAAUACAGUUAA